UUACAUUCCUCUCGGUGCCCUUUAAGAGCCUCAGCCUCGGAGCCCGGCAGGCAGGUUUCCACCUCCUCCUCCUCCUCCUCCCAGCUCCCGCGCCCGUCACUGGGUCUCCUUAGGCAUCGGGCUCCCUGCUGUGACCCCGCCAGCGCAGGAGAUGGCUUCCACUCAGGAUGGCAGUAUUGUGAUUUUUGGCAGUGGACUUAUUGGCCGAAGCUGGGCUAUGUUAUUUGCCAGUGGAGGUUUCAAGGUGAAACUCUAUGAUAUUGAGCAGCAGCAGAUAACCAAUGCACUGGAGAACAUCAGGAAAGAGAUGAAGACCCUGGAGCAGUCAGGGACACUAAAAGGAUCUUUGAGCGCUGAUCAGCAGCUGGCUCUCAUCAGUGGUUGCACUGACCUCAAAAAAGCGGUAGAGGGCGCCAUGUACAUUCAGGAAUGCACUCCAGAAAAUCUUGAAUUGAAGAAGAAGGUUUUUUCUCAAUUAGACCUUAUUGUUGAUAAUAGAGUCAUCUUAAGCAGCUCCAGCUCCUGCCUUUUGCCUUCAAAGAUGUUUAUGGGUUUGAAGCAUGUGAAGCAAUGCAUUGUGGCUCAUCCUGUAAAUCCACCAUAUUACGUCCCAUUGGUUGAACUGGUCCCACAUCCAGAGACAGAUCCUUCAACAAUGGAGAAAACAUAUGCUCUAAUGAAGAAAAUUGGUCAGUCACCUGUCAAAAUAAUGAAGGAGAUCGAUGGGUUUAUUCUCAACCGAAUCCAGUAUGCCAUCAUCAGUGAAGCCUGGCGACUUGUUGAAGAAGGAUUAGUAUCUCCCUCUGAUCUUGACAUCGUGAUGUCAGAUGGUCUCGGGAUGCGAUAUGCCUUCAUUGGACCCUUGGAAACGAUGCAUCUCAAUGCAGAAGGAAUGUCAAACUAUUGUGACCGAUAUCGUGAAGGCAUAAAGCGUGUCUUAAAAUCUUUUGGGCCAAUUCCAGACUUUUCUGGAGCAGCUUUAGAGAAUGUUGACAAGGCUAUGUGUGCCCGCACUCCUGCUGAUCCAGCACACCUAGAAGCCAGGAGGCAAUGGCGAGAUGAAUGCCUCAUGAAGCUUGCCAAGCUGAAAAGCCAAAUGAAGGCUGAGUGAAGUUUCCCAUAAUAACACUGCUGUCAUGCCUCAUGUGGCAAGCACUUAAUGGGAUGUAAUCAUAGAAAUGUCGAAUCUGAUUGCUUUAAACCAAUGAAAACCCUCAGUCCCCUUUAGCACCAGAGAAGACUCCUUCCCAUUUAGCACCAGAAUUCAGUACUUGAUUUGAUAAGCUUUGGCAAACACCACAUGGGGCCAACAAAGAAUGAAUGCACAUUUGGUGUUCUCAGAAACAUGGACCUGGAGAGGUGUGUGUUUCCAGGAGCACCAAACCAUCCAAGAAACCCCUGGGUUGUUUGUCUUGGCACUAGAGACAACAAGGAGUCCAUGAGGCAAUCACUGGUGAUUGCCUAAAACAAAAACAAUCGUUGAUGAGAUUCAUAUUCCUUUUGUUUUUAUUAUGAUUGUUUAUAGUAGCAUUACAUAGGAUUCUCUUGUAGCUCCAUGAUUUAUAUUGCAAUGUUUUUGUGUCAAAUCAUUUAUUCUUAAAUAUGCCAUAUAAUCAUUGCUAAUCACUGCGUGUGACUAUCUAUGCAUUUACUUUGUAAGAGUUAUUCUUAAUAAACAUUUCUGAUUUCCAUAAAGUAGUUAACUUCUCAAUGAUCUUACUCAGUGGGAAGUCAGUAGAUGGCCUGUGCUGGGUGGUGGUAUUUUAAUAGAAAUGCCUCCAUCUGGAGAGGACCAGCAUGGCCUAGGGGAUAAAGAAUCAGUCUAAGAGUCAGGAAGAUCUGAGUUCAAAUCCCACCUCUGACAUAUAUUGUCUGCAUAGCCAUGGGCAAGCCUCGAAAACUCUGAAUUUGCACAGUGGUUGCCAAUCUUCAGAGGAGGAGGUAAUUUCCUCAAUUGGUAUUCCCCAUGGGAAUGAAAUUAAGGGUCCACAACAACAACAACAACAACAGCAAAAAUUGGGGUGGGGACUAAUUUAUCUGUUAUUGUUGCCUGUUAUGACAAAUAGUACAGUGCAUGGAGUCAAGAGAGAAACUUUUUUUUUGGGGGGGGGGCAAGGCCAUGAGGGUUAAGUAACUUGCCCAGGGUCACACAGCUAGUAAGUGUCAAGUAUCUGAGGCAGGAUUUGAACUCAGGCCCUCCUGAAUUCAGGGCUGGUGCUAUAUCCACUGUGCCAACUAGCUGCCCCUACAAACACAAUUGACUGAGAACUGACUGAUCUCCAUCUAGUUUUGUUCCCAGGCCAAUGAAUCACCUGGAGCUGACCCAAUACUGUAUUCUGUCUUCCGAUUGAUUUGUAAAAAUCUCCCCCCAAACUGUCGGUUUUCCUGAGAUUCCCAAGGUUUCUUCCUGAUAUUCAGCUUGUUGUGCAAACAAAUCUGUCUGGAACUGUGAGAAACUUACUCUUCCCAAAGGCAAUCUUGUUGGUCUCUCUGUUCUUGUAUCCCAUAUAAACCCUGUCUCCAGUUGCCAUCUUUCGGUAUUCUUAGCAUCUGCUAUGCAAUACCUUGAGUUAUAACUCCUCUUGCCCCUAUUAAAAAACCUUAAUUU